AAGAUUUACUUCCUGAAAGUGAAUUGGGAGAUGACGAUUUUUUGAUUUUAUGGUAGCCUUUAUUCAGUAAUAUCUUUAAAUGUAGCCGCUAUAUAAAGCUCUCCUUAUUCCCUUUUGCACAAUACAGGGUUGCAUAGUUAAUAACAAUCCGUGUUACAAGUGUGUGUGGCCGGUAUCUCUCAGUUAAACUACAUCUAUCUUGUGUUUCAAUAGAGCCAAAUCAUGAGUGCAGAGGAGCCAAACCCAGCCGCCACACCCACUCCCUGUGAAGACAUCCAGGGAGAUGGACGAUGGAUGUCUCUGCACAACCGCUUCGUGUCUGACAGCAAAGACAAAGAGCCCGAUGUCCUGUUUGUUGGAGACUCUCUUGUUCAGCUCAUGCACCAGUUUGGGAUAUGGCGACAGCUGUUCUCUCCUCUCCAUGCCCUCAAUUUUGGGGUGGGUGGUGAUGCAACACAACAUGUGCUGUGGAGACUGAGCAACGGCGAGCUGGAUAACAUCAGCCCAAAGGUUGUAGUGCUGUGGGUGGGCACUAACAACCACGGUCACACUCCUGAACAGAUCUGUGGAGGUAUUAUGGCUAUUGUCCAAGUCAUCAAGAACAAGUUACCCCAUGCCCGCACGGUUGUACUGAGUAUACUGCCCAGAGGUAAACAGCCAAACCCUCUCCGGGAGCGAAAUGCCAUGGUGAACAAGCUGGUCCAGGAGGCUGUAUUGUCUCUCCCCCAUGCCUCUUUCCUCAAUGUGGACCCAGGCUUCGUCCACUCCAAUGGUAGCAUCUCCCAUCAGGACAUGUACGAUUACCUUCACCUGACCCCUCAGGGCUACCAGGCUGUGUGCGAUCCCCUGCACGCCCAUCUUAAGUCCAUGCUAGAUAAGCCUGCUGAGAACUGAGCAACUAGGGCACAAACUUACACUACCACAGUGGUCCUCAUCCCUGUUUCCAGAGAGCACCAUACUCAGAUUAUUAACACCAUGAACGAUGGAUAGAAUCAACUGUUAAGGGCUAAGAGCUGCACACAUUAUUUCUGUAAGUCCUCUUCAUGGCCAGGGUUGGUGACCACUGUUACAGAUAAUGGGACCAUAAAGUCUUUUGUGUUUAUAAUACAGUCAAAAAUUAAAUGUGCUGUGCUAUAGAGAGACAAAGUCUUACUUCAGUUCCCGGUAAGUUAAUGUUCCACUAGCUUUCAGUUCUCAGUGUUUUUUUUUCCAUAGCAGGAUUAUGUCAUUUCUCUGCCACAAAUGAUGAAUAUAAUAGGGGCAAGUCCCUGGCUGCCAGCCAUGGGGUCGGGACAAGUAAAUUAUACCUGAAAGGUGAAAGUAGAAGCCACAGUUAUACAUAAAAGAUUUUAUACUCCAAUGAAGAUAUGCUGUAUGUCAAAACAUUAGUCGCUGCUCCUUAUUAAAAACCUAAAUUUACCUUAGCUUUUCAGAUGACACCUUCUCAUGGCAAAAUACACCAUGCGUCUGAAGUUACUGGAACGGAGAGUGGUUAGAAACGGUUGUGCGACUCUUUGGCUCUUUAGGGUGCCAUGAUGUCUGGUAAGAUAUUAUCUGAAAUUUAAGAACUACCCUGACCAGGAAAUUGCUGUGAUAUGUCAUUUUGGUUUCAAGUUCUAUGAGUUACAUUUAUUUUGCGAUGGCUUUAUUUACUCAGUUGUGAUAUCUGAUGUCUUUUGUAUAUGUUAAUUUGACCAAAUGUUUUUGAUUGACCGUUACUGUCUAUUUGCUUUUUUUUAUCAUGUCACAUGUUGUAUCAUCAUUGUCCUUGUACCUUUAUUGCUCCCCUGUUGUAACAGCAACAGAUUUUGAUGUGAGAAGCUGUGUUUUGUUGCAAACAUGAAUGGAUUUAAAUAGGUCGUAAAGUUGUACACAUGUAUCUGAAGUUGCUUGUGCUUAAAGUUUAAUCUGCAACAUAAUGGCCCAUCAGACUUAUCUAAAAAGGCUUUACUUCACACUAAAAUGAUUCUGAGCCUCUUGGAUAAGGAUGUGCUCCAGAACUUGAAUUAUGAUUCAGGAUGGCUGAUUGUGUAAGUGAUGAAAGAAUGCAUUAAAAAAAAAAAAAAAAAA